AUGUCUAAUGUGCUGUUUGUUAUCGUUACAGCAAUGUUCCGCCGCAUGAAGAAGUUUUUCUCCCGGUGUUUGGGAGGGGAGAAAGACGAGGGUCUGCGACUGGAGAACAACUUGGUCGCUGUUCGGGGUAAUGUAAAGGAGCGUCAGUUCACCCUGGACUCGUUUUUUGAGGAGAUAAUGCAGAAGCGGCUGCAGGAAGAGAAAGAAGUCGUUUCUGUUUCGGAGCGUCAGUUCACUUUGGACGCCUUUUUUGAGGAGAUUCUGCAGAAGCGGCUGCAGGAAGAGAAAGAAGUCCGUCCUGCUCCGUGUUUGCGGUGCCUGCUUCGAAAUCAGGGCAACGAAUUUGUGCUGGUGAGUUCCCAGAGUGUGAAGGGAGUGAGACGCCCACUACCUGGAACUAGACAGGUGGAGAAACGCACAUCAAGGCAGAAAUCCAGCAGGUGCGGCAGAAUCUGCUUGCAGCCGGCUGCAGCAAUGUUCCGCCGCAUGAAGAAGUUUUUCUCCCGGUGUUUGGGAGGGGAGAAAGACGAGGGUCUGCGACUGGAGAACAACUUGAUCGCUGUUCGGGGUACUGUAAAGGAGCGUCAGUUCACCCUGGACUCGUUUUUUGAGGAGAUACUGCAGAAGCGGCUGCAGGAAGAGAAAGAAGUCCUUUCUGUUUCGCAGCGUCAGUUCACUUUGGACGCCUUUUUUGAGGAGAUUCUGCAGAAGCGGCUGCAGGAAGAGAAAGAAGUCCGUCCUGCUCCGGAGCGUCAGUUCACCCUGGACUCGUUUUUUGAGGAGAUAAUGCAGAAGCGGCUGCAGGAAGAGAAAGAAGUCGUUUCUGUUUCGGAGCGUCAGUUCACUCUGGACGCCUUUUUUGAGGAGAUUCUGCAGAAGCGGCUGCAGGAAGAGAGAGAAGUCCGUCCUGCUCCGGAGCGUCAGUUCACCCUGGACUCGUUUUUUGAGGAGAUAAUGCAGAAGCGGCUGCAGGAAGAGAAAGAAGUCGUUUCUGUUUCGGAGCGUCAGUUCACUUUGGACGCCUUUUUUGAGGAGAUUCUGCAGAAGCGGCUGCAGGAAGAGAAAGAAGUCCGUCCUGCUCCGGAGCGUCAGUUCACACUGGACGCCUUUUUCGUGGAGUUGCUGCAGAGACGGCUGCAGGAGGAGGAUUAA